GGCCCUUCUGUCGUCGGUGCGACGGGAGGCUCCGCCCGGCCGAGGGCUUCUUUGCCCCGUCCCCUUCCCGCGCCGUCGUGGCGGCCACUUCCUGGCCCUCCCCACCUUUUGCGAAACCAACGAGAGGACACCGCCUGCAUCUAGAGCAGCCCGACCAGGAACGUAACCGAGUGGCGCGCGAACGUGAGAGGAAACCUGUGCGCGGCUGCGCUUUCCCGCCCCUGAGCCGUUCUAGACGCGGGAAAAAUGCUUUCUGAAAGCAGUUCAUUUUUGAAGGGUGUAAUGCUUGGAAGCAUUUUCUGUGCCUUGAUCACUAUGCUAGGACACGUUAGGAUUGGUCAUGGAAAUAGAAUGCACCAUCAUGAGCAUCAUCAUCUCCAAGCGCCUAAUAAAGAAGACAUCUUGAAAAUUUCAGAGGAUGAACGCAUGGAACUCAGUAAGAGCUUUCGGGUAUACUGUAUCCUCCUUGUCAAACCCAAAGAUGUGAGCCUCUGGGCUGCAGUGAAAGAAACUUGGACCAAUCACUGUGACAAAGUAGACUUCUUCAGUUCUGAAAAUGUUAAAGUGUUUGAGUCAGUUAACAUGGAAACAAAUGACAUGUGGUUAAUGAUGAGAAAAGCUUACAAAUACGCCUUUGAUAAAUAUAGAGACCAAUACAACUGGUUCUUCCUUGCACGCCCCACGACGUUUGCUAUUAUUGAAAACUUAAAGUACUUUUUGUUAAAAAAGGAUCCAUCACAACCUUUCUAUCUAGGUCACACUGUAAAAUCUGGAGACCUGGAGUAUGUGAGCAUGGAAGGAGGAAUUGUCUUAAGUAUAGAAUCAAUGAAGAGACUUCACAGCCUUCUCAGUAUUCCUGAGAAGUGUCCUGAACAGGGAGGGAUGAUUUGGAAGAUAUCUGAAGAUAAGCAGCUUGCCGUCUGCCUGAAAUAUGCCGGAGUGUUUGCAGAAAAUGCAGAAGAUUCUGAAGGAAAAGAUAUAUUUAACACCAAAUCUGUUGGGCUUUUUAUUAAAGAGGCAAUGACUAAUCACCCAAACCAGGUAGUAGAAGGAUGUUGUUCAGAUAUGGCUGUUACUUUUAAUGGACUGACACCUAAUCAGAUGCAUGUAAUGAUGUAUGGGGUAUACCGUCUUAGGGCAUUUGGGCAUGUUUUCAAUGAUGCAUUAGUUUUCCUACCUCCAAAUGGUUCUGACAAUGACUGAGAAGUGAAACGAGAGUAUGUAUAUGAUUGCCGUACAAGACGUGUGUUGUUAUUUGUAGUAACAACUGCAUAUAUAUCCAACACAGCAGUAUGUUUCUUUUUUUGUUUUCUUUUUCAAUUUGGUGGCACUGAUUUAUUCCCACAUUGAAGUUUAAUGGUACAUUUUAAAAUAGGGUGGAAUUUUUUUCUUAAAAAAUGUGAUAAUUUCAACUGUGUUGGAAAGAAGUGUCUUAAGAAUAAUAAUUUUACAAAUAAAGGAUAUAUUUAUAAGUAAUAUAUGUGAUAAAUCCUAAAUUAUGAACAUUAAAAUCUGUGUGGCACAUAUUUUUGCUGAUUGGUUACAAAUUUAACGUGUCUUUUUAGCUUGCUUUUUAGCUUGUCUUUUUAGCUUGCAAAUGAAAUCUCUAGUUUCGAAUCUGUGAUUAAAGUAAAACUUUUAGCUAUGUGUUUCUGUUACUUCUAAUAUUGGUUUAUGUUCUAAGCCCUCAUAAGUGCCAGUGGAUUUGCUUUCUCAAAAUACACAACCAAGGAACCAAGAGAAUGUUCUCAACCCCUGAUACAGUGAAAGUUGAAUGUCUCUGAAAGUGAAGAUUACUUACAAAGGUUAAUAAUUUUCCUGGGAGCUAGUUUAGUGGCAUUCCUCAGCAUGUACAAUUUCUCUAUGCAUAUACUGAAAUUGGAAUGGUGAUCAUAAGGAAUGUAAUGUCAUUUAACUGCACUGUUUCCCAGUUAAUCAAGCUGUUAGCUAUGGCUUGAAUAAAAAUAUACCAGUUGAGAUUGAUUUACUCCUGCAGAGCAAGUGAGUUCUGUGGAAAUCUCCUUUGUUGUUGUUUAAUCGCUAAAUUGUGACCAAUUGUUCUGAGACCUCAUGGACUGUAGCCUACUAAGCUCCUCUAUCCGUGGGAGUUCCCAGGCAAGAAUACUGGAAUGGGUUGCCAUUUUCUUCUCCAGGGGAUCUUCCAACCCAGGGAUCAAACCCAAGUUUCCUGCAUUACAGGCGGAUUCUUUACUGCUGAACCACCAGGGAAGCCCCUUUGUGCUUAGUCUCACAGUCUUGCCCAACUCUUUGCGACCCCAUGGACUGUAGCCCGCCAGGCUCCUCUGUCCAUGGAAUUCUCCAGGCAAGAAUACUGGAGUGGGUUGCCACGCCCUUCUCCAGGGAAGCCCCUUUAAAUCUCCUUUAAAGAACUCCUUUUGGUAGUCUGGCAGUUUCAUUUACCUGGGUUGAAUCUGCCGUGGUUUUUGUUUACCUGUUCAAAUUUUGAGAUUUUUUUUUUGCAUGUUCUUGAUUGUACCAUAUGUUGAUUGCACCUAUUUGGUGUGGAGGCCUUAACCUCACCAUUCACCUCGGAUUACUAUGCCAUUUGCCUGAUUUCAGUGGCUAUAUAGAAGCUUUAAGGAUGGUGGAUACAAUAACUUCUGUCUUCAUAAAUUUGUGAAAUACUUGGAGCUGACUUGCCCUCUAAUUGGGCCUGCACAUGCCAUAUUAAGUCAGAGCCAUAAGCCCCCACAGAGUGAGAGACCAUGACAUUUUAGAGGUCAAUUUUUCUUAUAACUGGCCUCAUGAUGUUAAUAGUCUCCCACAGCUUUUGUAAGCCAGAAAGAGAAUUUCCUUAAGAGGGCCUUGGGCUACAAAUUAUCAAUCAUCAGAGUAGUGUGUAAAACCCUUUGUUUUAAUUUGUACGAUUUUCCUCAUUGGGGCUCUUGGUUAAGAUGAAAGGUUAUUUUGAAAAAUAAUAAAAACCCUUUUAUCAAGCACCCUAAUAUGUGGUCUUAGAUGUAAUUACUACAAACCAAAUCAUAUUCAGUGAGUAUAAUAAUGCACAGUAUUUCACUGAGUGUGACACUCAGUUUACAAGUAUCACCUUGCCCCCAACACCAAUAUAUUAAAAUUUUUUCUAGUGUAUUAUCACCUUCAAUUACAUUAGGGUAUCAAAAUAUAGUUGAAAUAAAUAUAUUAGAGAAUGUAUUCUAUUGUUUGAUUUCCUAGUGGGUACUAAGGUAACAAUUGCUUUUUAAACCAAAUUGAUGCUCUUGAUUGUAUUUUUAUACGAGUAUUCCUUUAUAAAAGGGACUUCCCUGGUAGCUCAGCUGGUAGAGAAUCCACCUGCAAUGCAGGAGACCCCGGUUCAAUUCCUAGGUUGGGAAGAUCUGCUGAAGAAGGGAUAGGCUACCCACUCCAGGAUGCUUGGGCUUCCCUAGUGGCUCAGCUGAUAAAGAAUCCACCUGCAAUGCAGGAGACCCAGGUUCGAUCCCUGGGUUGGGAAGAUCCCCUGGAGAAGGGAACAGCUACCCACUCCAGUAUUCUGGCCUGGAGAAUUCCUUAUAAAAUAUUAGUUGUCUUAAAUAAUACACUGUCUCUUUGAACAUAUUUGUACCUAGUCUUAUAGAUAAAACUGGAGUCAGUAACACAGAAAAUUGUGCUACAGAGGUCAUGGUUACAGAUUUGAUCAUCAUGCAUUCAGUAGUCAAAAACUGUAACCCUAACUACAAUCUUAUUGGGAAGAGAGUUGGGAAGAAUGGAGGUCUAAUGAGAAUUGAUCAUGAUUGUGAAUAUAUUUUAUAUAUGGCUGGCUAAUGCCUACUUAAUUGGACAACACAGGUCUAAACCAGUUCCCCAAGUGUGAGACCCACUGGCUGAAUGUAAAUGAGAGAAAACUAA